AUAUGUACAAAUGCACAUGGUUGCAGAAUAGCUUUGGGCUUGCGUUUGACUUUUAUGUCUAUACUGUAGGUGACAAGUUCAGUGUGUGGAGCAAAGUUGGGACUGGACUGAGCCCUCAGAGCUGUGUGAUGACAGAGUAGGAGGAGGCUCAGCAACAAGUCCGGCCUGAGACUUUAACAGCAUCUUUCUGGGAGAGACUGAAGAAGCUGAGGGCAGAGCCCCUCACUCGUCAUCUGCAGCAGGCUCUGUGCAAUAUGGACAUAUAACAACCAAGAGACCACCAGGCUUCAGCUUACACCUCAUCAACAACGCCUCUGAAUUUCCUGCGUUACCCCCCUUCUGUGCCAACAUGAAAGACGACUUUGCAGAAGAGGAGGAGGUACAGUCCUUUGGCUAUAAAAGAUUUGGCAUACAAGAAGGAACCCAAUGUACGAAGUGCAAAAAUAACUGGGCAUUGAAAUUUUCAAUCAUCCUGCUGUAUAUUCUUUGUGCCUUACUCACUAUCACAGUGUCCAUAUUGGGCUACAAAGUUGUUGAGAGAAUGGAUGGAGUUUCAGAUGACAUAGAAAAGUCACAUACAGGUUACAAUAAUAAGAUCUCUGAGGUGGAGCAGGACCUGAAGAAACUAGAUGACCAAGCUGGACAAAAGUCAAUCAACACUAACACAGAACUCUCCGGCGUGAGAUCAGAUAUCUUAGCCAUUCGUCAACAGCUACGUGAGAUCACAGAAAAGAGUAGCAGAAACAAAGAUGCCCUGGAGAAACUACAAGAAGCUGGUGGCCUUCUAGAUGCAAAGCAAAGCCAAAUGAAAAGUGCCUUAGACAAUAACUCUCUGAUGAUUAAUGGAGUCAAUCAAACAUUACAAGUAUAUAACAGUUAUGUUUCUAGUUUACAGCAGGACACUAGCAGUCUACAGACAAAUCUUCAAAGCCAAAUGCAGUCAAGCAAUAUACUCACUAUGAAUGUAAGUAACUUAAACUUGACACAGACACAGCAAAGGACAGUUAUAAGCACUUUGCAGAGAUCUGUGGAUGAUACCAGUCAAGCUAUUCAACGUAUCAAGAACGAUUUUCAAAGCCUUCAACAAGCUGUUAUUCAAACUCGGAAGGAUACAGACUGGCUGAAAGAGAGAGUCCAAAACCUACAAAACAUUGCAACAAAUAACUCCGCUCUUGUCAAGGCCAACAAUGAGACUGUAGAAGAAAUGAGCAACCAGCUCAACAAUCUUGGUAUUCAGAUCGAAAAUAUUACUGUGACGGCACAAUCCAAUGAGCAAAACUUAAAGGAUCUUCAGGAUUACCAUAAAGAAUAUGAGAAUAGGACAAAUGCCAAAUUCAACUUUUUGGAAGAGCGUUUCCAGAAAUUUGAGGAAGAUAUAGUAGGUAUUAUUACCAAUAUUAGUUACACUGCUCAUCAUCUAAGGACGCUGACUAGUAAUCUCAAUGAUGUAAGAACAACCUGCACCGAUACACUGAGUAAACACACAGAAGAUCUAAUUCAGCUGAAUAACUCUAUCUCCAAUAUUCAGCUAGACACGUCUUCACUCACUACUCAACAGGAUACAAUGAGACAAAGACUAGAUAACGAAGUAGCCAAUUUAUCAGUUAUUAUGGAAGAAAUGAAGUUGGUGGACUCAAAGCAUGGACAACUAAUAAAGAAUUUCACAAUUUUGCAAGGGCCACCGGGUCCUAGGGGACCGAAAGGCGAAAGAGGACCACUUGGUCCCAUGGGACCAAUUGGACCAAAGGGACAGACUGGAGAUAAAGGAGAACCAGGGUUGCCAGGACCUGCUGGGGAAAAGGGCCUAACUGGACCAAUUGGGCCUUCAGGAGAAAAAGGAUCUAGAGGUUCAAAGGGCCCACAAGGAAAUAAAGGACAAAGGGGUUCACCAGGAAGAAGUGGAGAACCAGGACCUAAAGGCGAUCCAGGUUUACCAGGACCGCCUGGAAUAAGUGGACCACCAGGGCCCCCUGGUCCAUCAGGCCCACAAGGAAUUAAAGGGAUCAUUGGUGAACCUGGCAUUCCUGGUAGUAGAGGGGCACCAGGCCCACCAGGCGAACCAGGAUUAACAGGUUUACCAGGACCUAGAGGACCACCUGGACCCCCAGGAGAUGCUGCAAGAUCACUAUCAUUACAUGAUGUUGCCACAUCUGAAUCUGACAUUUUUCUUUCAGUGCCAGGGUGUCCAAAUGAAUGGAGGAAUUUUACUGACAAAUGCUACUAUUUUUCAAGUGGAAAAGAUAUUUAUAACGAUGCUAAGAUUUUCUGUGAAGAAAAAGAAGCUAAGUUAGUUUUCAUAGAAAGCAAAGAAGAACAGCAAUUCAUUAAGAAGCAAACAAGUGGAAAGGGCAACUUUUGGAUUGGGCUUACUGACGUAGAAGAGGAGAAAGUAUGGAAGUGGCUAGAUGGCACCAUGCCAAAAUUCACAAACUGGAAGGUUGGUCAACCUGACAACUGGACCCCUGAAACGGGACCUGGAGAAGACUGUGCAGGAAUAAUAUAUUCAGGAUUGUGGAAUGAUUUCCAUUGUGACGAUUUGAAUAACUUUAUUUGCGAAAAAGAUAUGGACAAAGGUCAGAUUUCAGAUGUCUCCUAGACUAGGAUGUUUUCAUGGACAUGGAAUUUUAAACUACUUUCCUUUUAAAGGAAAACAUGAAAUGGAACUGGAUUGCAUUAUACUCACAAUAUCAAUGACACUGAAUCUUGGCCAACAAAAAGUUCAGCAACUCAAUUCUUACAAUUUAUUGUUCCAUGAACUUUGCUGCCGACUGAACAUUAACUAUUAUUUUAGUGAUGGCAAUGUAACUAAGAAAUAUAAAUGUCAACUUGGGAAAUAUUGAUACAAUUUUUCAUACCUAGACAAUAUCAUCUAGAAUAUAUGGAUAUAUUUUGGAUAUAGUUCUACCAGCUUUACCCCAACAGUGUUAUAUAACUAAACCCAGCUAUAGGAGAAGAAUAAUAAUAAAGGUUUAUAGUUCUUAUUCAAUGGAAUAUUUUUGUAAAAGCUUUUUGAAAACAUUUGUAUUUUUGUACAAGAUACUUGCAUUUUAUUAUUUUUGUAUUUUAGAAUUUAUUUGCCAAAGAAAAUAAUAUUGGAGCAUAUUCUUUAUGGUAUAAACAGUCAAUCACGUAUGUUAUUACACACAACUUGCCACUUUAUUGCUCAAAAAAUGUAAUUCUAGGGAAUUUUUACUACAUUUUGCCAAACUGUUUUAUCUCCUGAGACCCUGUUAAGGGGCCAAACAAUUCAAUAGAAAUAUGAUCUCUGCUUGCUAUCGUUUAUAGUAUACAAGAUGUGGUAUCCAAAAUGAUCACCAGCGCAGCUAUGAAUUCCAGUUAGGAUGUGAGCCACUUACUCUCCCUGCCAAAACAUUCGUUUAUUACAGACAGUGGUCUCAUAAACAUCAUUCACAUUAUACCCUUUAAGUCUCACAUUGGAUAUGGACUAUUAUUUUACACUCUGUCUGAUUUAAACAAUGGCAGUGAAAAAAUACAAUAAAUAUAAAAAUAUUAA